AUGUUGUGAUGUCCCUGACUCUGACUGUGGUGUUUCUGCAGCACUCAGCAAUGGCCGACAGCUCAGCUGCAACUGCAGCAGUGUCAGGGACAGUGGCACCGACCAUGCUGCAUGAGCUCCUGGAGAUCACUGCUCAGAGCCUGGUGCGCGCCGAGGUGACUGAGCACUAUGAGGUUAUUCGGGAGCUGGGCAGGGGCAAGUAUGGCCACGUGAUGCUAGUGACCCACAGGCAGAGAGGGACUCUAAUGGCUCUCAAGCUGCUUCCCAAAGCCAGUACCAAGCUGCACACCUUCCUGUAUGAGUAUUGUGUGGCGCUCUCCCUCGCCACCCACCCUGCCAUCAUCAGCAUGUUUGGAAUUGCCAUUGAGUCCAGCCAGUACUACGGCUUCCUCUAUGAACCAGCACUGCACAAAGACCUCAUCUCUAUCAUCAAGCCCCGUGAUGGGAUCCCUGAACCGGCUGCAAAGCACUGUGCCAAGCAGCUCGUGAGUGCACUGGAGUUCAUCCACAGCCGGGGGCUGGUGUACCGUGACAUCAAGCCUGAAAAUGUGCUGCUUUUUGAUCCCGACUGUCGGCUCAUCAAACUGACUGACUUUGGCCUCACGCGGCCCAGGGGUACCAAGCUUAAGCUGGUGGCUGGGGUGAUCCCUUACACCGCCCCCGAGCUGAGCAACACCACUGAUGCCCAGGGGGUGCCCAUUGACAGCAGCAUGGAUGCCUGGGCCCUCGGUGUGUUGCUUUUCUGCCUGCUGACUGGAUACUUCCCCUGGGAACAGAGCCUGCCAGACGACCCUUUCUUUGAGGACUUCAUGCUGUGGCAGGAGACAGGCCUAGAGAAGGACGUUCCCCACCACUGGAAGCGGCUGACAGCUGAGGCUGCCCUAAUGCUGCGGAGCCUGCUAGCACUAGAUCCUGCCAAGCGUGGCCCCGUCAGUAGGGUACUGAGCUACAUUGACUGCCCUUGGAGGCUGGAGGAUGGGCACAGUGAGGAAAUUGCUGUGAAGUCCAAGAGCCAGCUCCCCGUGUCGCAGGAGUGAAGGAGGGUCUCACCCUGCAAAGGACUUCGUAGUUUGGGGCACCUCAGUUGCUUGGACAUGAGAGGCCAUGGUGACCCAGAGCAACUUCUCUGCAGCAUUGUUGCUGCUGCCAGAGUCAAACUCCUUCCCCAGCUGAUGGUCCUCACCCCAUGACUCAGUGCUGCCCAGUGCCACCUCCUUGUGCUCCCUUAGGACUUGAAAACAUCUCCUUUCUCUUGGAAAUGUGUGAGGCAUCCUCUCAUUUCCUGGCCACAGGAACUCCAGGGAGUUUUCUAGGCUGCAGCACCUGCCUUGUCUCAAAAUAGAGCAAAGUAUGUACU